AUGAGUAGGAAACAAGAUGUGUUUUUAAUAUGCUUUUCAUUGGUGAGCCCAGCGUCCUUUGAGAACGUCCGUGCAAAGUGGUACCCCGAGGUGCGACACCACUGCCCCAACACACCCAUCAUCCUGGUGGGCACCAAACUGGACCUGCGGGAUGAUAAGGACACCAUAGAGCGGCUGCGGGACAAGAAGCUGUCUCCCAUCACAUACCCGCAGGGUCUGGCCAUGGCCCGAGAGAUCGGGUCUGUGAAGUAUCUGGAGUGCUCUGCUCUGACGCAGCGCGGGCUAAAGACUGUGUUUGACGAAGCCAUCCGCGCCGUCCUCUGCCCUCCACCUGUCAAAAAACGCGGCAAACGCUGCACUCUCUUCUGAGCGCACACAGAUUUUUAAUCAGCCUCUUGGAAAAUAUACUGUACUACUCUCGCAGGUUCAGUGACAGCCGUCCAUGAAGCUCUAAUGCACAUCACAUAUAUAUGAACCAUCGGUAGAGGGAAAGCUCGUGCCCCGAGACGUAAUAUUCCAUUUCAUAUCGUUUAUAUGAGAAGUUUUAGUGGUACAGUGUAAUUGUUGACAUACUGUAAGUGUUGUAAAGGAAGCGUGUCAAAGACAUGGGAACGUUCUGUUGGUUUAGACGCUCUUGUACAAAGCUAACCGUUCGCAGUAUUAGUUCACGACCCAUGAGCGAGUCAAACAGGAGAUUCAACGAGAAAGAAACGUAGCAAAUGUUUGGAUCGUGAAAAGCGAAGCUGGUCAUGGAAGGGUUAAAAAUCAAGUUCAGUUUUGUGCCCAGCUAACAAAAAAAAAGAGUUCUAAGAACGUUUUGCUACACAAGUUCUGAAAACAUUAUUUCUGAACAUUUUUAAAAAAUGCAAACAUCAAAGGAACGUUCCAUUUUAUUAUCUGGCAAACAUGAGAAUGUUACUUUUGAAUGUUCUCUGAAGUGCC